UGAAGCUCCGCUUGUUCAAGUUGUCUUUGUUGUUCCCUCUGAGAGGUCAGCUGGGAUCAUCCCGAUGAGACAAUCUCAGCACCACCUGCUCUUCCCUAAAGGUCUGCAGCUGGUCCUCGCCCGGAAGGAGGAGAUCUGCAUUGGGGGAGUGGGGAGACGAGCGGAGGAGGUGAGCAUCUCCUCCAAGGUGGAACACGCUGACGAGACAGGAAGUAGAAGACGACAAAGUGUCAUGGCCUCACAGGAGUCCUUCAGCUUCUCCUGCAGGAAGUCUCCACAGCGACACAUGACCAGAAGGAGCAGCCAGGUUCUCCUCCACCUCCUCCCCAGGACGCUGCUGCUGCUCCUCCUCGCCCAGCAGGCGCAGGCAGCCCUCCACUCAAGCUUCCGCCGCCUUAGCGGCCGCGAGAAGAAGGAGAUGCAGAAAGAGAUCUUGUCCAUCCUGGGCCUGCCGGGCCGGCCCAGACCCCACCCGCCGCUCAGGCCGCCCUCCUCGGCGCCGCUCUUCAUGCUGGACCUGUACCACGCCAUGGCUGUGGACGGCGAGGAUGACGGCAACGACAUCAUCGGGCCCGUGGUCAAGCUCAGAGGCGGAGAGCGUCGGGCGGCUGCCCACCACCCGGCGCUGCCCACCCUCAGCACGCACACGCCGCCGCUCGGCACCGUGGUCACCGAGGCCGACACUGUUAUGAGCUUCGUCAACCUGGUGGAGCAGGAGCGAGACCUCCUGCAGCCUCGUCCGUACUGGAAGGAGUUCCGCUUCGACCUAACCCCGCUCCCGCAGGGCGAGACGGUGACCGCCGCCGAGUUUCGCAUCUACAAGACGCUAACGUUGGGCCAGCGGGCGAACAGAACGUUGCACAUCUCCGUCUACGAGAUCCAGAGAGACAACAGACACAGGGAUCCUGAGCUGGUCCUGCUGGACAUGCAGUCCGUGCCUGCAGGCCAGGAAGGCUGGUUGGCGUUUGACGUCACCUCAGCCUCCAACCACUGGCUCCUGCACCCACGUAGCAACCUGGGCAUCCGUCUCUACGUGGAAACGGAGGAAGAUCGCUCCCUCUCGGCGGCCUGGAUCGGACUGGUGGGCCGCAGAGGUCCUCGCUCCAAGCAGCCUUUCAUGGUGACCUUCUUCAGGGAGAGCCAGAUCCCCUGUCGACCCCCUCGCGCCGUCAAGACACACCCCCGCAGGAAGAAGCCCAAAUAUGACCUUCCUGUCCCCAGCAUUCAUAAUCGAAGUCCCAUCAACAGUGGAGGUCAGCCGUGUAAAAAACACGAGCUCUACGUCAGCUUCAGUGACCUGGGAUGGAAGGACUGGGUUCUGGCCCCCACAGGCUAUUCGGCCUACUACUGUGAUGGAGAGUGUUUCUACCCUCUGGGCGCCUGCAUGAAUGCCACCAACCACGCCCUCAUCCAGCAAGUAGUUCACCUUCUCAAACCAGACGAGGUCCCCAAGGCGUGCUGCGCCCCCACCAAGCUGAGCCCCAUCUCUGUGCUCUUCUACGACGACAACAACAACGUGAUCCUCAAGAAGCAUCGCAACAUGGUGGUGAAGACGUGCGGGUGCCUAUGAACGCACACGACGCUGACUGGACACUUUCUUGGCAAUGUUUAGCCAGCACACACGUUCAUCUUGUUUAAAUAUCAGCGAGUGCACACACAUACCCUUUCCUUUUCCGACAUGCUGCUUUUAUUUUUACGACAAGCCACUUUACACAAUUGUGUAUACUCUGUAAGCUAAAUAGUCAUUUAAAAAGGCAUACAAACAUGAAGACUGGUCACGUGACAUACAAAGUUGGAUUUAUUGAAAUGUUUACAAAGAAAGGUACAUCUAAAGUAACUUUUGGUAUGUUUGUGUGUUGUUGAAGUCAUCAGCUGCAAGAAAUGAAAUGGAAAGUAAUGAAGGUCAUUAAUACUCGUUGUGGCUGAUGAGUGUCAGCGAGAAGAAGAGUGAAAGGUAAACUUAUUGCGUUGAUGUAAGGACGUGCGUCCAAGGAGGACCACAGUGACUUGAGGUACCCUUGUGGCAUCCCGCUGACUGACUGAGGAGCGGCAGCAGAGCCGUUUA